GCUAUAUGGGUUCUGUGUUCAGGAUGAUCACAUUCCCAUCGUUUCGUCCACUUAGGACGUUUUCGCAAAAUGCUAACAUGAGGGCCCAGGCGGCUAGGUACAAACAACCAACACAUUAGGGGCGCUUAGUGUUCCUGAUAUAGUAACACAUACCCUAUAUGAUCGCCAACAGACAAUUCAAUCAGGAAAUGAGGCUCCCACAGCAUCAUGCCCUCCUCUGGAUCCUCAGCCUCAACCGCGCCCUCUGCUCCGUCCCGCGACAAGUGACCUGGUCGGACAAACAAUUUGGACCCGACGGCCCGUGGCAAGCAGUCACCGUGUCCAUGGGGAGCAACUACACCGAACUGGUCGUGCCAUCAUCCGAGGUGGCACUGUAUCCGGGCGGGAGCUGGGAAAGCAGGAUCCUCCUGUCCUCGAUCUGCGACAACAAGACGCUCUCGUCCGUAUGCUAUGGGGAUAUAGCCGGUCUCUUCGACAGCGAUAUAUCCGUUACCCUCGAUAACACCUCGAUCGAAACAGCCCCAGACGGAAACUGGGGCGACUUGUCCUGGGGAUACACGGACGCGGUACCGGUGUACGCCCGAGCAACACGCGCGAUAGACUGGAUGACCAUUGAUGGAUCCGCCGUUCCGGAAGUCGACCUGAUCACGAUAGCCGGGGGGUGGCAGACCUAUCCCGGUGGACAGGCGUAUCCGCUAGAGGUUGGAAUUCUAUCGCUCGGGAGUCCUGAUAUCAACCAGACGUUCGGGGCGGUGAUCAAGAUCAACGCCACCUUCAUCACCAGCUAUUUCUAUGACCAGUCCGGGUCGCUGGAGAUCCCGUCGUAUUCAUACGGAAUGCACAUUGGCUCUGCCCCGCUGGGGAUCCCAGGCUCGCUUUUACUGGGUGGUUACGACCAGAACCGCGUGAUGGGAGACGUAUCGGCGCAGGCGUUUUCGAGCGGGAGUUUUCCGAUCGAGCUGUUCGAUCUGGGCAUCGGCGUGGCAGAGGGCGGAUCGCCCUGGAACUACUCCAACAAGUCCGGUCUCCUGGCGCAGGGGAAUUCCUCCCUCGCUUCCGGGCUUAGGGUUAUUGUCGAUCCAGCAAAUCCGUACCUGUAUCUGCCUCAGAGCGCCUGUGAUGCCCUCGCUGCGGAGUUGCCCGUCACGUACCAGCCGGAUUAUGGUCUUUAUUUCUGGAAUACCUCCGACCCGCAGUUCGAUGCCAUCGUCACUUCUCCGAGUUAUCUGGCGUUCAGGUUCGGCAAGAAUAAUCUCAAUAAUGAAUAUAUCACCAUCAAGGCGCCCUUUGCGCUGUUGAAUCUCACUCUGCAGGCCCCCCUGGUGGAGACACCAACGCAGUACUUCCCUUGCAUGGCCACGAAUAGUACACCUGCUCUGGGUCGUGCGUUUCUGCAAGCAGCCUUCGUUGGCGUGAACUGGUUCGGAGGCAAAUGGUUUCUCGCCCAGGCACCCGGACCGGACGGAUCCUUCAUCGUCGACACAGUCACAAUCGGCGACAACGACUCCACCAUUUCCGGCUCAACAAACAGCUGGGAAGACACCUGGCAGAACACAUGGAAAGUGCUCGCCACGCGCUCAACAAACUCCACGACAUCAAACACCAGUACUCCCCAACCCACCACCUCCAGCACCCCCACAAAGACCAACAACGUUCUCUCCCCGGUCGUAAAAAUCGGUAUUAUAAUCGGCAGCACAGUCGGCGGCGUUCUAAUCAUCUCCCUUCUAUCCGCCCUCUGCAUCCGCCGUCGUCGACAGAGGAGGGACACAGCCAUCCGGGACCAGAAUCAGAUCUCAGAGACACAAAUGCACCAAGGCCCCGGGUCUUUAACGCAUCAGCUCGUGCCUGUAGAGGCCCCGGAUAGUAUAUGGGACCAGCGGAACGAACUGCACAGUCAGGAAAGAUAUGAGAUGGGGGCGGAGAGAGGGCCGUUCUUUGAAUUAGAGCCGGGGAAGGGGGGUGGUCGUGAGGCAGUGUUUGAGUUGCCUGGGAGGAUGUCGGGCGUGUCUUUGAACGUUAUUUGAUGGUUCUUAUGGACUAUUUUCCGGGUGGAUUUGGGAUUGUUAUGCUGGUCCAGGUGUUUGGACACCUGGACCCUGGUCGAGGGGCUUUGAUUCAUGUGUCCAUAUAUUUGCACUCUAUAGGGCUAGCGUCUAUUCUGUUUGUCUUUUCAUCGAUGGAUCCCAGGGAUGCCUAGAGAAGGGUUAAUGUAUAUAGGUAUGGUUUAUAAUAUAGGGGGGUGUACUCGUCGCCUGCCCUGCUAGCGC